AUGGCCGCCUGGCAAAUGGCAGACGGCGACAAGACGCUGACGGUUGCGCCUGCGGACAUACCCACCGCGGCACCGCAUGAGAUUGUCAUUGAGACACGCGCAACUGCCGUCAAUCCUGUCGACUGGGUGAUGCAGUCGAUGGGACGUAAUGCUUUUGGCUACCUCACCUGCCCAACCAUCUUCGGCUUCGAUGUGGCCGGCACGGUACACGCUGUCGGCGACCGUGUGACACGCUUCAAAGUCGGCGACCGGGUGCUGGGACUGUCGUGCCGAGAAGAGGACGGACCACACUCGCACAAGUACAGGGGCGCAGGCUACAGCUCGCACGCCUUUGUAGCAGAAAGGCUCGCCGCGCCCAUCCCGCCCGAGAUGGCGUUUCACGACGCGGCGGUGCUACCCAUGGGCGUCUGCGUUGCUGCGACAGGACUCUUUCAAGACGACUAUCUACAGCUGCAGCUCCCCACGAUUCCAGCCAAGCGCCGCGAGGAGUGGCUGCUCAUCACGGCUGGCGCUUCGAGCAUUGGCGCCUGCGCUAUCCAGCUAGCCACCAGCGCAGGCUACAACGUCGUAACGACGUCGUCACCCGGCAACUUUGGCUUGGUCAGAUCGCUGGGCGCAGCGUACACCAUCGACUACCACCGUCCGCAGCAGGAGCAAUAUGACGAACUGGUCGCCUUCUUUUCCGAUAAGAGCCUUGCCGGUGCACUCAGCAUCGGUAGCAUCACGGACCAGACUAGCACUGUGGAAUCGCUUUGCGCUGACGUCGUAGCCCGCACGCCAAAGCCGCACAGCGUCAAGCGCAAAUUCGUCGCCUUUGUCUCGAGGGUCCCGCAAAAGCUGCCGGAGGAGAUAGAGCACAAGUUUGUGUGGGGCACCAGCCUGGAAUACUCGAGCAUCGGGCCGGCCAUCUUUGAAGACUUCCUGCCAAAGGCCCUUGCCACUGGCCAGAUACGACCGCUGCCUCGGGCACUCGUCGUAGGGCACGGCCUCGACGCCAUCCAAUCAGCUUUGGAUCGCCAGCGCGAGGGCGUCUCAGCUCGCAAAGUCGUAGUGACGCUGUAG